GAAGUGGUUUCCAAAUUAUUACUAACGAUAUGAAAAUAUUAUUGCAAAUUUGUGUGCGUCAUUUUCAAUUCGCAAUCAUACAGCAUUACUAUCGAUGAUAUUUAGUAGAAAACACAGCGAACAGAACGACUACAGAGCGAAGCGAAGCCGGUUUUGGUGUAACGGGAUUCCGCGCGGAGUGAGAGCUCUUCGUCUGCGCGACGGAACAACAUGUAGCCUCUCGUCUUCGCUUCCCUAACCACUGAUGCCCUCCUCAGUGUUACAUGCUACACGUGAGAUAACAACACGUUACGGCACCGUGGAGGCCUUAGCAUGCGUCACUCCCGGACGACGUCAGCUUCUCUCGGUUAACGUUACCGCUCUCCGGCACAUUAGCAUUAGCUUAAUGCUAACAUCACGGUCUCUCUCGGCAUCCUCCGCACGCCGGUGACCCGACGGCGACGCGUCGCUCUCUCUGUAAGGUAGCUGAGAGAAGGAAUCCUCUUCUUCUGACAACAUGGCCCCGCACCCUGUGGUCCAAGCCGUCAUCGACCUCUCCGCGGGGGCCGUAGGGGGAGCUGCAUGUGUCUUUAGCGGGCAGCCUCUGGACACGGCGAAGGUCAAGAUGCAGACCUUUCCUAAUCUCUACCGGGGUUUUGUCCACUGCAUCUCAUCCACCUACAAGCAAGUGGGUCUGCGCGGCCUCUACCAGGGCACCACGCCGGCACUGAUGGCCAACAUCGCAGAGAACUCUGUGCUCUUCAUGAGCUACGGCUUCUGCCAGCAGGUGAUCCGCUUCACGGCCGGACUGCAUGCCGAGGCUGUGCUGAGUGACGUGCAGAAAGCGUGUGCCGGCUCCGUAGCCUCCAUAUUCUCUUCUCUGGUGCUGUGUCCCACCGAGCUGGUCAAGUGCCGGCUGCAAGCCAUGUACGAGAUGGAGUCAUCAGGCAAGAUCGCCAAGAGCCAGAAUACAGUGUGGUCCGUGGUGAAGUCCAUCAUGAGGAACGAGGGACCUCAGGGCUUCUUCCAAGGCCUGACCACCACCAUAGCCAGAGAAGUCCCUGGUUACUUCUGCUUCUUUGGUGCCUACGAGCUCUGCCGCACCACCUUCGCGGACUACUUGAAAUGCGACAAAGAGGACAUAGGUGUGGCUCCGAUCAUGCUCAGCGGAGGUUUCGGGGGGGCGUGUCUGUGGCUGGUCGUAUAUCCCUUUGACUGCGUCAAGUCCCGCAUCCAAGUCAUGUCCAUGACGGGCAAACAGGCCGGCUUCUUCAAAACCUUCACGGCCAUCGCUCGCACCGAAGGCGUGAGGGCACUCUACUCAGGUCUGGCCCCCACCAUGGUCCGCACCUUCCCCGCUAACGGAGCUCUGUUCCUGGGUUAUGAGGCCAGCCGCAAGCUCAUGAUGAACAAGUUUGACAGCUAAAAUUUGCACAGCUCAAAUGGUGGAUGGUGAAUUGGAAGGGAAGUAUCUUUGCCGUCAAAACUCCAGUUGAGGCUUUGUGUUUGCCAUUUGUCUAACAUAGCUACGCCGAUUUUAGAUUAGUUUGUUUUUAACUUCCUGUAAAUUCUAUGCCAACCCGGCAUAUAUAUGAGAAACGUAUAUGGGGAGCAUAGUAUUGAGCCAGCAACCCCCGCCCACCCCCCCCCCCCCCCUUCUCUUUGUGAGCAACUGUUAACACUCCAGUUUAAUAUUAGAUGUCUACCUCAACAAAGUUGAAUUCGCACAGAGCCCUCGCUCUCCUUCUGAAUUGCAAUCAUUCAUUACUUCCUCUGUUAGCUGAUAGACUCAAUCAGCACAGUGUGUGGUAUUCAUACGCAGAACUGGAUUAUAAUAUUCCUAACCAUGUUUUCUCAAGUCGCACUAACCGAGCGGGUCUUUCCGGAGAGGUGUUGUGAUCCUAGCGUCAGUGCGUAAAAAGUAAAGUGGCAUAUGCUGGUUACUUUGAGUUGCCCCACAAUAUGUUGUGAUGACUUGUGUUUGCAAUUAUCAAAUCAUUCGCAGGUAAUUAUUUGCCCCAGUUUUGGAUCAAGUCUCAGUUUGUUUCAGUAAUUUGGCAAAAAGAAAUGUUAUUAUUCUUUUUGCUUUCCGUUCACAUUGAGCAGCUUUACUCUUUCGACAGUCUUGUAAGACUUAAGUUUCAUCAGCCUGAAAAAAACAGAGCCAGCAAUAACUAAUAACUAAACACAGUGUUUUUGUCACUUUUUACACUCCUGAUUGUAUCCAUUCUUUUGAACCCAGUGUUUGCCUUUUUAAAUGACUUUAAAUGAAACUUUGCCUUUUUUUGUUGGGAAUACUGAGUUGUCCCGUACAAGACAAUGAGAACAUAUCAGCUGCCUCAUCAAAUGUGCCAUUUCAACUGCAUUCCUCGUGCAGUUUUUUUCCAGUAGUCAGUGCUUGUGCUAUUCUGACAGAUUUGAGUAAUGUAGGUUUUUAAAAUGCAACAGUGUAAUGUUUGUAUGCAUAUCUGUCCUGGUAUUCAUUGCGGUAUCACAACUUACAUUAAAGGUUUCAUGAAAGAAUAA